GGAAUACCCUUUCAGACAUUAAAAGGAAUGUGGAUCUCUGAUGGAGAAAUCGUCAAAAUUAUCCCUUAACACCCUAGACAUAAUGAAGAUUCAAGAUGGCUUACAAGUGUCAACAUUGUGUCUUCCAGUGCUGUCUGAGAUAAGUUCCAUGGUUUAAGAAAAAAAAAUGUAGAUGCUAAUACCUAGUUGAUAAAGAUGGAACAGCAAAGAGUAAAAAAUCUGUUAAAUAUGUAUAUCUUCUCAUUAAACUGUAAUUCAGUAAGUGUUUUUAGAGUUACUUGAAGUCACACACAUUAAUUCAGAAUGUAUAAAUUUAAAGACCUAACCACUAAGAACAUGGUGCAGUACAUCUUUUACGUGCCUGACGUCAUCCUGAUGGUUGCUAUUGGACUUGGCAUGUACACACAGUGGAUGCUGCCUGGCGAACGACAGUAUGCCAUUUCUGUGAUUGCUUUGAUGGGGAUUUUAGUCAUUGCUCUGUCCUGUGCUUUGCGAUACUUCUUCAGUCUGCACCAGGUGGGGAAGGCUCUCUACCACAUUUGGAUUGGGUGUCUUGUUGGAAUAAUUGCAUUCCUCAACAGCAGUGACAUCGAGUUUGUCACAACACAGGAGGUCAUGGAAGCUUUGUUCAUGGCCAGUCUAGUCCUCGGGUGUUUCUCGAACAUUCUCCAACGAUUUCUUCAUCUGCAGCAGUUGGAAGGACAUAUCUUCGCUCAGCCGGUAAUUCUUGAGUCAGUGGGUAUCGUUAUUGCUGGAUUUGUCACUACAAAUGCCACUGCCAUCUGGCUUUUGACAUCUGCAUUCGUCAUCAACACCCUAGCAAUGCGCAUGAAGUCAUUUUUAGGUUUCUGUAGUUUUAUAGCUUUUGUCUUCAUUGGAUCGUACGUUUUCUUCCCUGACCUUAAAAUAUUGCCGAACAAGUAUGCUUUGAUGUGUUUCAUAGGUCGCCAUGCAUUCCAGCCCAUCAUAGACUUUCAUUUUUCUGGACUGACAGUGAUUGAGAGAUGGAAACCAUUCCUGGCGCAGUCACGACUCGUGCGUUACUUGACCAUCAUAUUCGUGUUUGGCCUGAACAUAUCUCUGUGCGUCCUGAUUGGAGUCCAGAGCGCGUCUCACAAGGAGUGGUUUGUGGUGGUGCCACUGUUCAUUGCGCUCGCCAUCGUGUGGAUGGUCUUCCACAUGACGUUCUUCAUCUCGUGCUGGAAGCUGAUGGGUAAGAUCACCGAGUGCAACCUCAUGCAGCAGAGUCUGUUGGACGAGAGCCAGAGCUACAAUCGAAUAAUGGCGGCCAAGGGAAUCCGCCACUCGAGCCUCAUCUCCCAGCGUGUGGUGUGUCUGUCACUGACGAUGACGGUGGUGAUGAUGGGGAUCGGUUGGGAGACCAGGUCGCCCUACAGCUUGAGCCUCAUUCUCAUGGUGCUGCCCAUUGAAGCGAUGACCCUGAGUCUCUUCUGGAAGCUCUGUAAUUUUCUCGGAGGAACCUGUACUGGGUAUGCUGUGAUUGCUCCGGUUACCACCAUUGGUCCAAAUGGUGGUGCCAAACUGCUGAACGCUACCACAUUCCAGGACAUCACGGCUAGAGCCACCACAGUCCUCAGUCAGAUGAACAACUUCUUCAACUUCCACAUGAUUGACAACUACGGCUGUGACUACUCCACGAGUGGCCUCGGCACUGACUACGUUGAGAACAAAGUGAAGGCGUUCUUCGACCGGCGGACAACCGAUGGGCCGAGAUUCGACACCUACAUCCUGUACUAUAGUGGAGAUGUGUACGAGACGGGGGACUGGGCUUUAACAGACAACAAAUGUUUGACCAUUAAGACUCUGCUAGACUGGUGGACUGUCAAGAACGGUGGAACCGGUGCACGACUCAUCCUGGUUCUCGAUUCAUCAUCCUCAUUCAAGUGGACCAGGUCCAUCCGCAAACACGAAAAUGAUUUUGUCGCCAUUCAAACAUGUCACUACAAGAAGACUCCUGACCCCGAAUUUGGAAAUAAAAACUCAGUUGGAUCGUUUACCGACGACUGGGUGAGGUAUAACCUGGGAGUGGACAUCAACCCACCUUGGACCUCCAAGGACAGGACAGUCUCGGCUCUGUAUGCCGUUUCAAAGUGUUGGACAGAUUUCCGCUUCCAUCUCCCAAGCAAUGAUGACAUUGCUGAUUACUGGGACUCCAGCUUUCCGCGGCUCGUGAAGCCGCUGAUCAAAGUGGUGAAUUUACCCAGUAUCGGCAUGUUGUUCUGUUGCUGUGAUAGUGUGAUGAGGUGUUUACGGCGUAAACAGAUGUCCUGGAUUCCUCCAAAGGAAAUCGAUACUGGUCAUGGUUUUAAGUUGGUGCGAUCAUAAACUUCAGACGAUGACAACAGAUUAUUUAUAGAUUUAUGUAGUGAUCAACUUACAGUGCAGGGCUCAAACCUAACCAACGGCAAUUGCCAUCGUUGAGAUAUAAAUUCCCGUAGGUAGAGAGUAUCGCCGACGGCACUUUUGUGCCAUCGGUAAAGUUCUUCAACAAUGGUAAAAUGUAUACACCUAGUGUGUACAUUAACUGCCAAUAUUUAACAUUUGCACAUUUGAAAUGUCUACAUACAACAAAAUAACCUUUCAGUCAUGUGUAUUUUCUGAAAAUGUCACUUAAACAAAUAUUGCUAUACACAGGCGCAAAAUUGCUGUCGGUGGGCCAUUUCACCCAUGGCAAUUCUAUUAAAAAUUGCUGUGAGAGACCAAUUCUUAAGUUUGAGCCCUACAGUGUGGAUUUACCUGUAUGAGUAUUUUUAUUAUAACACCAAGCUUCAAAAAUAUACUGAUGGACAGAAAUAAUGGAACACACAAGUAGCAAUAUUCAGCAAAUGUUGACUGCAACCAAAACUCCCAAAGGGUUUCUGCCAGAGAUCAUAGAGGGUAAAAUUAUGUACCAUCAAAUCUUGGAAAUUAAUGGAUAUAUACGGUAUUUUAAUUUUUUAGAUAGAUAAUAGUAAGAGAACUACUGUUUAAAAUUGGUCAAAGCCUAUGAAAUGCAGUGUCCAAUUUCAAAACAUUUCAAACCCAUAACCACCUAGUAGGGGUACUUACAGUCUGUUUUGUUUUUAUUAAGUACCUGCAAAUGAUUUUCUGGCAGAAAGUAUGCCCAUCCAUAGUGUCAGGAAGCUAACCAUGUUACAGUCCAUAGUGUCAGGAAGCUAACCAUGUUAAGUCCAUAGUGUCAAGAAGCUGACCAUAUUACAGUCCAUAGUGUAAGGAUGCUAACCGUGUUACAAUCCAUAGUGUCAGGAAGCUAACCAUGUUAGUCUAUAGUGUCAGGAAGCUAACCAUGUUACAGUCCAUAGUGUCAGGAAGCUGACCAUGUUACAGUCCAUAGUGUCAGGAAGCUGACCAUGUUACAGUCCAUAGUGUCAAGAAGCUGACCAUGUUACAGUCCAUAGUAUCAGGGAGCUAACCGUGUUACAGUCCAUAGUGUCAAGAAGCUAACCAUGUUACAGUCCAUAGUGUUAGGGAGCUAACCGUGUUACAGUCCAUAGUGUCAAGAAGCUAACCAUGUUACAGUCCAUAGUGUUAGGGAGCUAACCAUGUUACAGUCCAUAGUGUUAGGGAGCUAACCGUGUUACAGUCCAUAGUGUCAGGAAGCUAACCAUGUUACAGUCCAUAGUGUUAGGGAGCUAACGUGUUACAGUCCAUAGUGUCAGGAAGCUAACCAUGUUACAGUCCAUAGUGUUAGGGAGCUAACCGUGUUACAGUCCAUAGUGUCAGGAAGCUAACCAUGUUACAGUCCAUAGUGUCAGGAAGCUGACCAUGUUACAGUCCAUAGUGUCAAGAAGCUGACUAUGUUACAGUCCAUAGUGUUGGGGAGCUAACCGUGUUACAGUCCAUAGUGUCAGGAAGCUAACCAUGUUACAGUCCAUAAUGUCAAGAAGCUAACCCUGUUACAGUCCAUAGUGUCAGGAAGCUAGCCACAUUACAAUCCAGUGUCAGGAAGCUAACCAUGUUACAGUCCAUAGUGUCAGGAAGCUAACCGUGUUACAGUCCAUAGUGUCAGGAAGCUAGCCGUGUUAUAGUCCAUAGUGUCAGGAAGCUAACCGUGUUACAGUCCAUAGUGUCAGGAAGCUAACCGUGUUACAGUCCAUAGUGUCAGGAAGCUAGCCAUGUUACAGUCCAUAGUGUCAGGAAGCUAAUCAUGUUACAGUCCAUAGUGUCAGGAAGCUAAUCAUGUUACAGUCCAUAGUGUCAGGAAGCUAAUCAUGUUACAGUCCAUAGUGUCAGGAAGCUAAUCAUGUUACAGUCCAUAGUGUCAGGAAGCUAAUCAUGUUACAGUCCAUAGUGUCAGGAAGCUAAUCAUGUUACAGUCCAUAAUGUCAGGAAGCUAACCGUGUUACAGUCCAUAGUGUCAGGAAGCUAAUCAUGUUACAGUCCAUAGUGUCAGGAAGCUAACCGUGUUACAGUCAACCCCAUUCAAUCCCGCAUUAUUUGUUUGUAUUUUAUACAGACAUAACUACUCUAGUAAUAAUUUAGAUUUGAUCUAACAUGUCAUGUGUUCCCUUAUUUCUUUACAUCAGUAUGUAUAUAUCAUCUGAAAUCUAGCUGAGUUAAGAAAGUGAUGACUAGUCAUGACCAGGGCUUCUAGAUUAUGGUAGCUCCACUCCCAUGGCUAGUGAUAUUCAGUGCUGGGCUAGUAAAUAUCUACUAUUGCCAUGCCAUUGUCAAAUGCUGCAUUUAAGUCCAUUUUGUAACUAUGAAUAUCUUGCCCAAUUCCCCCCCCCCCCCCCCCCCCCCCCCC